AUGGACUGGAAAGGAAGAAAACCAGCUAUUUUGCUCGGGUGUUUCGGUGUUGUUGCAGCAUCAGUAGUGACAGCAGCCACAAGUACAAAGAGUGCUUUGAUUGGAGGUAGAUGGAUGUUAUCUUUCUUUGCUACAAUUGCUUGCUCUGCUGCACCCGCCUAUUGUGUAGAGGUUUCUCCUGUGCAUUUGAGAGGGAAAGUUGCUGGACUUUAUAACACUCUUUGGUACUGUGGAUCUAUUGUUGCUGCGUUCACGACUUACGGUACCAAUAAGCAUUUACCAAACUCUGCGAAUGGAUUUAAAAUUCCUUUAUAUUGCCAAACGAUCUUCCCGGGUCUCGUUUGUAUUUUCGGUUGGUUACUCCCUGAGUCCCCUAGGUGGUUGGUCGGUGUUGGUCGCGAGGAAGAAGCCCGUGAGUUUAUUGCAAAGUAUCAUUUCAAUGGUAACAGGGAACAUCCUUUAAUCGACUUCGAGAUGUCGGAGAUCAUCGAGUCAUUCCACGGCAUCAAUAUGUCCGCUCCGUUGGAGGUCUUAGACCUAAGACCCUUGUUUAGAAAGAGAUCUGACAGAUACAGGUUAGGAUUGGUCAUCGCUAUGGCAUGGUUUGGUCAGUUUUCCGGUAACAAUGUCUGUUCCUACUAUUUGCCUACCAUGUUAACAAGUGUUGGCAUGAAAUCAGUCUCGGUUAAUGUGUUGAUGAACGGUGUAUACUCAAUUGUAUCUUGGGUUGCAUCCAUAAUAGGGUCCUUCUGUCAUGAUAAAGUGGGAAGAAGAAAGAUGUUUAUGAUAUCCACUCUAGGCGCGGCUUUAGCGUUAUCAGGAUUGGCAAUCUGUACAGCACGUUAUCAAGCCGGUAGUAAAGGAGCUUCUAAGGGAACAUUGGUCUUCAUUUACUUAUUCGGAGUUAUUUUCUCGUUUGCAUUUACUCCUAUGCAGCCUAUCUAUCCCUCUGAAGUAUCAACCAAUUUGAUGAGAUCUAAAGCUCAAUUAGUAAACAAUGUCGUCGCUGGCGUGGCUCAGUUUGUUAAUCAAUUUGCAGCUCCAAAAGCUAUGAAAAAUAUCAAAUAUUGGUUCUACGUUUUUUAUGUGUUUUUUGACAUCUUCGAGUUUAUCAUCGUUUACUUCUUCUUUGUCGAAACCAAAGGAAAGACUCUUGAAGAGUUGGCUGCUGUAUUUGAGGCUCCAAACCCAAGAAAAGCAUCUACUGAUCCGGUAUUUGCUGCUCAGGUCAGGGAGCAAAUUUUGCGUGAUAAUAACCAACGACAAUUGGAAGCAAUGGGAAUUAAAAAUAGCGUUACCAAUAACAUGGAUGAUGUAAAGGCUAAUGUGAACCACGUCGAGAAAGUCUCCGAUUUGGAAUCAGUUUAA